AUGAGUGAAGACAACGAGAAGUUUCACUGGAGAAGAGCUGGUAAGGAUGCUGAAGUAGAUUUAGAGCGAAUCAGGAAACCGCAUGCGCCAAAACCGGGUUCAAGCUUGCAAAAUGGAGCACCCCUUGCCGUAGGAGGCCAUAGGCCCCAAAUAUCCGAGGAAGAGUUGGCCAGAAGGGCUGAGAGGCAGCGUGAUCGAGAGUAA